AUGAAAAAUAAAAAUUUAAUUAAUAUAUACAAAUGCAAAUGGAGAAUAUUACACAAAAAAAUAUUACUAUUAUUAUUUUUUAUAUUAUUUGUGAUAUUUCUUAACGUACCGUGGAGCGGUUAUAUAAUUCAUUGGAAAGGAAAAACUCGGAAAAAUAUCGAUUGUUUUUAUUUAACCGGAAACAAAUUAAUAACUUUAAAUGAAAAUGAACCCGUAUUGGGAAAAGGGAUUUAUUUUCAUGAAACUUCUUGCCCGAAAAAUUUAACGGAUAUUGUUAUUAAUUCGAGACAAGCUUGUUCUGUAGAAUCUGCUUUAAGAGCUCAUCCUGAAAAAGAUGUUUUUCUUUUAAUUACUAGUCCAGUUUUAACACCUUUAAAAAAUACUAACAACAAAUUAAUACAUCAAUUACUUUCAUAUAAAAAUUUUAAAGUGAGACAUAUUAAUUUUUCCGAGUAUUUAUCAAAUACUCCAUUACAUGUAAUAUAUACCUCAGGAGCUUUAAAUAAUAGUUAUUGGCCAGUGGCACAUUCCAGCGAUGUUCUUCGUUAUGCUACCUUAUAUAAAUUCGGUGGAAUUUAUUUAGAUUUAGAUGUUAUAGUUUUAAAAUCGUUAAGUGGACUGAAAAAUUUUGCAGGAGCAGAAUCGAAUUCAUCUUUAGGUUCAGGAAUAUUAGGAUUUAGUUACGAUGAAGUGGGACGAAGUACGGCUAAAGAAUGCGUCGAAGAGUUAGCAAGCACAUUUAUCGGGUAUUUUUGGGGACACAAUGGACCUGGAGUAAUUACAAGAGUUUUAAAAAGAAAAUGCAUGACGGAUGAUGUACUCAGAAUGCCUGAAAGUGAUUGUCAAGGUUUUUCAAUUUAUCCAACGGAAUAUUUUGCACCUUUUUCAUAUAACGACCCUGAAUUUUUUUUCCAAGAAGGUAAUACGGAUCUCGCAAGAAAAAUAUCAAAUCAUAGUUAUACAAUACAUUAUUGGAAUAAAAUGUCAUCGAAAUUUAUUUUAAAAAACAAUUUGGAUAUUCCUUUUUUUUACUAUGCUCUAAAUUAUUGUCCUAAAAUUUAUAAAGCUUCCAAUGGAAAGUUUUAA